ACGCGGAAGAAGGAGCGCAUUCCACGUCACUUGAUGUGGAUUUGCGCGAGCUAGCCAGGAAUCUAACAUGAGAUUUGACUCUUUUGACUCUAAAAUGCGCUGGUUGUGAUGCCACGAUCGUGUCGGCUUCACGGCGAACGGAACAGCAGCGGGUGAUAGGAGAAAUCAGCUGAAGGUAUGAGAGUGUCUGAUUUGGUGCUCCAUCUUAAUGGGCGAAUCAGGGACACGUCGCUCCACCCUGGUCUCCAGGCUUCCCAUCUUCAGGCGCAGUGCGAGCAAGAGACAGGACUCGCUCCCUUCCUCGCCUUCCUCCGGUGGGGUGGGCAAUGGCGUCCACACCUCCUCUCCCUCCAGCACCAACUCCAGCUCCAGCAGCACGGGCAAACGGCGCAGCAUUUUCCGCACGCCGUCCCUCAGCUUCCACAGCAAGAGGAACAGUGACCCCACCCAGCUCAACUUGGACAAUCGGCCCGAAACGGCCCUUCGAGAUGGGGGCAAUCAAAAGAUGCGGCACUCGUUCGGAUUUGGCAGACACAAGAAGAUCACACGGUCUCAGACGGAAGACCUCGAGAAAGCCAACCGAAGCAUGUUUAUAAACUGCAUCAGCUCAGGGACGAACGAAGGAGAUGAUUCGGGUUUCCAUGAUGAUGUGAGCAGCAAGAGGUCUUCCAGACAUAAGAAGCAGCUGCUGCCCAUGUCCUUCUCAGCUCACCAACGGUUUUCCAAAAACUCACCCAGUGUCACUGAACAAGGUAACGGUCAAGAUGGUGCAGAGGAGCCGCCUAAAACCGCAACUCCGGGUUCCUGGCCUGGCGAGCUGGUUGAGAGUUCUCUGCAGUCGCCUAUGAUUUCUGAAGACCGUACCACAGCGAUCACACCUUCUGAUUUUGUUCACGUCACCGAAGAUUCUGUGUCCGAGGUGGACGCGCUUCCUGCCCCCAGCCCGGCUGCUCCACUGGAAAACUUUAGCCAGGCUGUUGCUACCUCACAGGUGUCCUUGACGCCAGCACAGGCCACCACAGAUAAGCCCAUACUGCCAGAUACCAGCUACACAGCCAACACACUGUGCGAGAGCGCCACUGCCCAUACAGAACCAGUAACACUGCAGACUGUGCAAGAGAUAAACCCCAACACUAACCUGAACCCAAACCCUAACCCGGCUCAGUCAGAAGCCAGUGAGAACGAACAAGCUCCAGAACUGAGCGAGGACAGCAGCUCCAAUCCGGUGGGGCGUGAGAGGCGGUCCAGGAAUGCUGUUCUUAUUCAGAAAGCUGGAAGAUUAUCCUUCCAAAGCAAACUCGAGACCAGGCCGAGCCACCUGAGAAAGCCACACACAGUGUCCAUGUGCUGCAGCGUGAGCCCCUAUCAUGAGGUGAUGCGUAUGGAGAGACGUCUGCGGUCGGCCUCUGAGGGGGCCGGAGGUCCCAGACUUCAUCUUAGCCUCAGGGACCCCUGUAUGGAGCCCAACACAUUAUCCAAACAGAGAACCAGCUCCUCAUCUUCCAAACUGGGUAGCCUGGAUGUUUUAAAUAAUCUUGGCUCUUCCGAACUGGAUGAGGAUGACCUGAUGCUGGAUCUCGACCUUUCCGAUGACCAGCGACCUCACCGUGCCUCGCGGGAGGACUCCAGUCAAUCCCUCGCAUCGUGUCUGAACCUGCUGCCCUCACCACUGGAGGCCCCCAUGGAGCGGACCCCAGGAACGGAGCCCAGGGAGCCCCCCCACAGAGAGCAGCGGCCGAUGUCCCUCUGCCUGUCCCGUGACGACGAGCCAUUGGCCGGGCUGGAAGCGUUGCCAUUCAGACUGAUGCAGCAGGACUGCACAGCUGUGAAGACUCUGCUGCUGCGUCUGCGCAGGACCCUGCAUGAGAGCACCGAGAUCAGUCCUGCGAGCAGCCUUCACUCUUUACCCAUAAGCCCUUGCAGUGAAAAAUCGCUCCCCUUAAAGGAUCCUGGGAGAGAAGAGAACCUGUUCCUGCAACAACAGUUGAAGGAAAAAGACGAACUCAUUCACCGACUACAGGCAGAGCUGGAAAGUGUCCGUGCUCCUCAGAAAUCUCUUUGCCAAAAAGCUGACAAAACCACUCAGACAGAUCUUUUAGUCUCAGAGGCAGUUCAUCCAAGUCUACCAACAGGCCAAAACAACAGCAGCAGCCUCACAAGGGAGCGACGGCCAGCACGAGCGCUCGCUGCAGACCAGCACGGGCGACCCGCGGCGGAGCGGGCGACUGCUUGUGAGGACCGGGCCUGCGCCACUUCUUCGGUGAGCCAAGUUGGGGGAGGGUUGCGAGAACCGGGCCAGAGAGCUGUUGAAGGUGGGCAGACAUCAUCUGAGGUCCCCGCGACCUGGAAGACGGAUCACCCUGGGCCGUCUCAGAUCCCUCGGGUGGUUGCAGGAAGCAUCACGAGUCUGCCCGGCAAGGCCAGUCCUUCACGCAGCUUGUCUUCAGACAGCGAGAGGGGACCUCGCAGUGAGCGGGGGCCUUUGCCCAGGCUUCAGUCCUCCUUUACUGGCCGUCUGGGACAGCCGCCCCGUGGUCCACUGUCUUUACAUAUGUACAGCCGAAAAAAUGUCUUCCUACAGCACUCUCUGCAUACAGCUGAACUGCAAGCUCUUGCUCAGCAGGAUGGCUGAGACAACACACACACACAUUGACACAAGCCUCAGACGGAUACAAACUCCACACACACACUCAACUUUGGUGCAGUUUCUCAGCGAUGUGACCACGAGUACCUUCAGAACCACAUGUACUCAGUUAUUCUGCACAGUAACUAAUACUGUUUUUCCUCUUAAAUCUCAGCUAGACUUUAACUGUACAUUAGGACUUUACCUAUUCAUUAAGAUGUGAAAUUCUUCAUUUAUACUGUGUCAAAACCAAUCCGUCUUCUGCACUACAUUUUUUAAAUAGUACACGCUGCUCUACUGUAUUAAAUACUUUGGAUAGACUUUUUCACUUGUAAGAUCAUUAUAGUGUACAGUCCUGCAGAACAUACAGGUACAAGUAUGUGCAAUUGAGGGAUGUCAAGAUGAUAACAAGGUCCAAAAUUAACACUUAAAAUGGUUUUGCCAGUCAGUUUUUGGCCGGCUAGUCAACUUAAUGUAACUCUAAUGUUGCAGUUCAAAGUACAGCUAGUCAAAAAAUAAGAGACCACUCCAAAACUAUUUUGAGGUUUUCAAAAUGUACUUCUUAUAGGUGCGUGUUGAAGUAAAAGAAUCAUUUUUGUUAUGUUCUGUGAACUAGUGACAACAUUUCUCCAAAAUUCCAAAUAAAAAUAUAGUUUUUUAUUUGAAGGAAAUGGAAACAAAUGGGUCCAAAUAACAAAAAAAGUUGGACUGGAAUUGGCACAAUACAUUCUGUAUAAAAGCAAAACUGGAGUGGUUGCUUCAUUUUUCUACUGCUGUAAUUGUUAAAAUGAUACUCAAUUCCUGUCAGAACAUGAACACUUCCAAAAAGUACUUUUCUAUUUACUAUGUCUGUAUUUAAAAUGAUAGUUCACCCAAAAAUGAAAUUCUGUCAUCAUUUACUCACCCUCUUGUCAUUUCAAACCUGUAUGACUUUCUUCUGCAGAGCCAUUCACUUGCAUUGGUUUUGUGUCUAUACAAUAGAAGUGAAUGGUUGCUGGCGCUGUUCUGUUACCAAUUUUCUUCAAAAUAUCUUCUUUUGUGUUCUGCAGAAGAAAGAAAGUAUAAUACAGGUUUGAAAUGACCAGAGGGUGAGUAAGUGAUGACAGAAUUUUCAUUUUUGGGUCAACUAUCCCUUUAAGACUCCAUUAAACCUCCAUGUGGUACCACAUGAAAUACUAAGUAUUAAGCCACCACAAUAACAAUAGCUUUCAUCCUUUUGUGACGGGUAUGAUCGACAGAGACCGAUUCAUGUCAGCGUGACAAAAGUUAAUUUUGGACCAUGUAAAAACGGCUAAUUGACUUUCAAAACAGUUUUCAAAACCAUUUAACAUUUACAAGUCUUAACCCGGACUCACAAUCACAAACUGUCUUUUUAGAUUAAGCCUAAUCAGUUGUAAUGUUUGUAAUCGUGGGUCACAUAACCAGCCCAGCAAGAUAUUUUGCACCAGUAAACACGACUCCAGUAAACAAGACCCCUGCAUAUAUUGCCAAACAGUUCUCGGUGGAAGAGAGCGCUUCAAACAUCUUGCUGCUGGUGAGAAUUACCCUCUCGUUGUCAGACCCCUUUUAGGGAAUUUAACACUCAUUAGCCUCUUCUAAUUGCAAGCUGCUUUUUUCCUGUUUCCUUUGGCUGCGAACAGUAAUGGAAGAAGAGAAUUCUUUUGUACAGUGAUUUUAAGCUAAAACUGAUUUGACAGCCCUUGUGGAGAGAUUCAAUGAUAAAGCCUUAAGUAAUAAACAUUGCUGCCUUCGCCGGACAGUAGAUCAUUAGACGGAUUUCCAAGGCAGCUGGGUUUGAAGAAAGAUAUUGUUCUACUUUUCUGUAAAGCCUCUUGUAGAGACAUUCACUAUAUUGAAGGUGCUGUAGAUGAUGUCGGACAAUUCUGUUAUCAUUCACCUUCAUGCGGUUAAAACCUGUAUAUAAUGCUUUUUUAAGAGGAACCCGAAAUAAGAUAUUUUGAGAAAUGUCUCAUUGGUUUGUUUCCAUACAAUGCAAGUCAAUGGGGUCCAAUGUUGUUUGGUUGACCAACAUUGUUCAAAAUAUCUUCUUUUGUGUUCUGCAGCAGUAAGAAAGACAUACAGGUUGGGCGUGGCAUUAGGGUGAAUAAAUGAUGAAAGAAAUUUCAUUUUUGGCAGAACUGUCCCUUUAACUUAAAUGAAUUUUGGUUUUCUUUGUGAAUGUGCAAAAUGAUUGACAGGCAGAAGAAAUUCUGAUUGGCAAAACAACAAAUCUGUUGAAACUUGAAAGAACCAAAUACUAUGUAGGCCUAUCAUUGUGAUACUAUAUUUCAGUCCACCUGAUUUUGUGUUCUCAGAUUUUUCUGAGUGCCAUUCCUUUAAAAUCACUUACAGCACCUUUAAUCCAUUUUUUUGGGGGGGGGAACUCCCAUUUACAUAUAGAUAAGACUUUGAUUUCAGUUUAAUACAAUAGACUAAUAAAACGCAACUAAAUGUGUUAACAUCUCCAAUACUGUACAUGUAAGGCUGCCAUACACAUAGAGAUAAGUGCAGUCUGUGGAUGAGUUGUUGAAAGAAGUAAUGGCCUCAUCUACGCAGCGUUGGGAUAACAUUGAUGUAAUGUUGGGACGGUGUUGACCCGGCUUUACGGAUCAGGAGCUACAGCAAGGACACGUGGAGGAGAAGGAAACCCUAAAGAAACCGAGUGCCAUCCAUCCAGCAGGUCUGCUCCCUGAGGUCCACUGCUCCAAUUCCAGUGAUCCGCUGGGAAUGCCAUCGCUUUCUAUCCCAAUCCCUCUCUCUCUCAGACCUACUUCAAGCUUUAUGUGCGAUCAGGCCCUUGGAGAGAAAAGCUUUGGCUCCGUCACACUAUUACUCAUAUCGCACUCCCCUGACCAGAACGUGUUUGUCUUGCGUGAUUUUGGAAGGACCUCAUGAGGGCAGAUGCUGCUGGAAGUCAGUCCGUGUUUGAGCUCUUAGCAAUACUGUUUAAAUUCUGUGUGGGACUGUUGGAUGUUUAGCGAGCGGUACGAGAGAAAGAAACGAUCCUCGUUCUUUGCUAAGCCUGCACAUGGCUUUUAAAUGCACGGCAUGACUUGAGAAUAGACGUUUAUGGGUUCGAAUAUAAGAGAUUGUGUGGAGAAAGCAAGCGAGAGGAAGAACUCAUGGAUUUUUACACAUGUCGAUACAGCAAGUGACUGUGCUGUCACAUUUCUGAACUCGUGAACACAUUGAAUAGAUAUUUGUUUGGCCUUAUUUAUUAUGUAAAAUUGAAAAACAAAUAUCAACUCUUAUUUUGUCUGUUUGGGCUUUUCAACCUGUGUAUAAAAUGUGUCCUCAUUACAGAUUCUGGUAAUACAUCAAAAUCAUCAUUUUUAAAUGUUGAAAUGUUUUGUUGAAGUAUGUACAGAGUUCACAUAACAACGGCACUUUUAUGAGAUUUCAACUGUAAUAAGAUUUUAAAUAUUGUUUUCAUGUCCUUCCCUCUCUCUGGUUGUUAACAAUAAUUUUCACUGUGUAAUAUAUUCAAUCACAUUAAAGACAGAUAUUUC